AUGCACUUCUGCGACCCGGCCAUCGAAAGCCACGGCGGCGUGAAGCCUCUGAUCACCUUUUACGAGGGGGGUGCGAUCACCACCGUGCUCACCAGCGAUGUCGUCGCGGCCGGACCGCUUCCUAGCAACGCCGGCGUGGCGAUCGCUACCUCCCCUUCGGGUGGAUCCCAGCCGGCUCCCGCUCACGACGAAGAGGCCGCCCACGAUGAGGAGGUUGCCGCGGGCGCGCUCUUCGACGACGCCGAGUCCGCGGGGGAGUCGGAUGACGUGAGCUUCAAGUCCGUCACCGACGCCGAUCACGAUCGCCUCCCCGCUCCCCUCACCGCCCACGAUGACAAGUACGCAUUCGGCGCACAGGUCAUGGAGGCCCCCACCUUGGACGAGGUCCGCGCCGCGACUAACGAUCUCGAGGCCAUGCUUGAUGAUGGGGCGUCGAUCUUCUCGACGUCUUCGGUUGACUCGGCGGUGUCCGCUGAAUCCUCGACGUCGUACUCCUCGUCAAUUACAUCCUUGGAGUACGCCUCGACCGUCGCCGGGCCUGCGGCGGCAUCCCCCGCAGCUCAGAUCGCGGCGGCCUCCUCCAUGUCUCAGAUCGCGUCGGCCUCGACGGCGUCUCUGACGUCCACCCUCUCCGCAGCCUCGACGAGCUCGUCGGCCUCCGCGGCCAGCACCUCCUCCAACGCGAGCGCGGUCUCCACCCCCGCGACCUCGCCUUCCCUCAGCAUCCAGGCUCUGGAGAGCGAGGAUGAAAGCUGUGUAGACGAGUUCGGGGUUCUGCACGGCCCUGUGCAGGACUCCCUGCGCAACCGGCGCGUGCGCCGUGCGUGAGGAGCUGCGCGACGAGCGACCGGGGUCCCUCGCGUAGGCGACGCGAGGGUACCUCCCGCACAGGACAUCGCCAAAAGUCCUGGGCGGUGAGGGACAACCCCGCGCGGGGUAGAGGGUUACCCCCUCCUGCAGGCUAGGAGCAUGUACAACGAGCGGCUCGAUAUCUCGCCUACUAAUGAAGCUUCACGAUGUUACUUAC